UCUCUCUCUGAGCGUCUGUGCUGCGCGAGCAUUCAUCGAGGGCUGCGGAGGACCGGUACCACUACGCCACAGCUGACACUGACUGCGCUAGUUGGAAAAUAUUUAUUAAGAUCUGACAAAACACCAAACUCCUCCAUCCAAAUUCACCAGCACGUUCUUCUAGGAGAAUACAUCUGGAAGAGAUCGCAAUGCUUCAAACAAGGGACCUGGUCUGGGCUCUGCUCUUCUUUGGUUAUGCAGCCUCUCUGCAGGUGGAAAUCACUCCAAACAUGGGGGAGAUCAGCGUGGGAGAGUCCAAAUUCUUCUUUUGUGAAGAAAGAAUCACCUUUGAGAAUGCUCCAUCACCUCAGGAGUUUAAUGAGGGGGACGAUGCGGACAUUGUGUGUGACGUUGUCAGCUCACCGCCCCCUACCAUUAUUUGGAAGUACCAGAACCAGAGGAUUCAGCUGGACAAAGAUGUGCGCUUCAGGAUCCUGAGUAACAACCACCUGCAGAUCCGCGGCAUCAAGAGAGCCGAGGGCCAGUACCUCUGGCUUCAGAUCAUGGCCUUGAAGGAGUGCGACCUCAGGGUCAUCAAGGCCGUCAUCAACGUGCUGCCCAGUAUACGUACUCGCCAGACGGAGCUGAAUGCCACGGCGGACAUUGGUCAGUCUAUCACGCUGGCGUGUGACGCAGAUGGCUUCCCUGAGCCCGCCGUCACCUGGGCACGUGAUGGUGUUGUGCUGGAGGAGAAUGACAAGUACGCGUAUAAGGAUGACGGCUCUGAGCUGGUGAUCCAUGACGUGAAGAAGGUGGACUAGGAGAGUAAUAGCCUGCAUCUCGCCCUUAACAAGGCCGGAUAUAAGGAAGAGGAGGUCAGCCUGAACAGCUCCUUUGUCCAACCCAAAAUUACGUUCCUGGAGAACCAGACGGCGUCGGAGCUGGAUGAGCAGAUCACGCUGACCUGUGAGGCCACAGGCGAUCCCACCCCCACCAUCGUCUGGAGCUUCGGACGCCGCGUCUUCAACGAGGAUGAGCAGAGUCUGGAUGGGAACGUCGUGGUGCGGAGUGAUGCCCGAGUCUCCUCUCUCACUCUCAAGUUCGUCCAGUUCACCGAUGCCGGACAGUACCUCUGCACCGCCCGCAAUGACAUAGGAAUCGACCACCAAAACAUGUACCUGGAGGUCCGAUACGCCCCUAAGAUCCAAGGUCCGGUGACAGUGUACACGUGGGAAGGCAACGCGGCCAACAUCAGCUGUGAGGUGCUGGCCCACCCCGUAGCCUCGGUGGUCUGGUACCGCGACGGUCAGCAGCUGCCCAGCACCAACACCACCAACGUGAAGAUCUACAACACACCUGCCGUCAGCUACCUGGAGCUCACGCCGGAUUCCCAGAAUGACUUCGGGAGCUACAACUGCACUGCCUCCAACGUCAUGGGCACAGAGUCCAAAGAGUUCCUGCUCAUCCAAGCAGAGGUGCCCUCGGUGCCGUCCAUCGAGCGCGUGGAGCCCUACUCCAGCACGGCACUGGUGGAGUUCGACGAGCCCAUGUCAGACGGGGGCGUACCUGUGCUCAGGUACAAGGUCGAGUGGAGGGCCGGAGGAGCCGACUGGACCGACCAGGAGUACAGUGCCGAAUACGGCCUGAAUGGGAUCACCAUCACAGGGCUGAAGCCGGAGACUGUGUAUGAGCUGCGACUGUCGGCCAUCAACGGGAAGGGUCAGGGUGAGAGCAGCCCUGUGGAGACCUUUAAGACGCAGCCCGUCCGCUUUUCUUUCACAAAUGGCAUCCCCUUUCAUUACUCUGGCUCCAACACAGAAGGGGAACCCAACCCCCCCAAGCUGGAGGGUAAGCUGCAGACCAAAGGCAACUCUCUGAAGGUCUCCUGGAUGAAGCAGGAUGAUGGGGGAUCUCCUAUCAUGCACUACCUCGUGCACUACAAAAUUAAGCAGAGUAAUGACUGGCGCCCUGAGAUCCGCAUGCCUGCCAGCAGUGACUACGUGCUCCUGAACGGCCUGGACUGGAACAAGGACUACGAGGUGCACGUGGUGGCCGAGAACCAGCAGGGCAAGUCCCAGCCCAGUGUGCUGUCCAUCCGCACCUCCCCGGAGCCCACCGCCAUCCCAGGCAUGCUGUCGGAGGGCGCGGGCCUGGGCACGGGUGCCAUCGUGGGCAUCCUGGUGGUGGUGUUCCUGCUGCUCCUGGCCGGAGUGGACGUCACGUGCUACUUCCUCAACAAGUGCGGCCUGCUCAUGUGCAUCGCCGUCAACUUCUGCGGCAAAGCCGGCCCCGGGGCCAAGGCCAAGGAGGCGGAGGAGGGGAAGGCCGCCUUCACUAAGGACGAGUCGAAGGAGCCCAUAGUGGAGGUUCGGACGGAGGAUGAGCGCACCCCAAACCAUGAAGGAGGAUCAGGACCCCUGGAGCCCAACGAAACCACCCCACUGACUGACCCUGAGCAUGCGGCUGACUCCAUGGCCACAGUAGUUGACCUCCUCCCCUCCGCCUCCUCCAUCCCGGCUGACCCCGCGCCGGCGUCAGACUGUACCUCUCCCGCUAGCGACUGCACCCCGCUCACCUCCGUCAGCGACGCCCCAAAAGCCUCCCCCAAAACUGCCCCCAAAGACAACCCCAAAACUGACCAAACCGCCGUCGCCCCUCUGGUUGACCUAAGCGACACGCCCACUCCCGCCGCUGGCUCCGCCCCUAAUGCCACAGCAGCCCCUAAAGCUCCGUCGGCUUCUCCCAGCCCCUCCCCCAGCCAGGCGACAGACAAUGAGGCUCCAGGUGGCGGAGCGGGCGUGGCAGAGUCCGCACAGAGCGCGCCCAGCAGUACGGAGCCUCAGGUAGACGUGGCACCAGCGCCCCCCUCCACAGAUCCCACACGGGGCAGUCCGACCAGCACAGCACCACCCUCUGGUGGACUCAAUGAUGGGAAGAUCGUGACGGAGGACAAGAGCAAAGCACACGAGAAGACGGCCGACCCCAAGGCCACGUCUCCAUCGGAGGUCAAGGCCGUCCCCAACGAGGCGCCCCAGUCCAACGGCAACGAGAGCAAAGCAUGAUGGGACCCCCGCGCCGCGCCACAUCGUGCUGUCUG